UUUUUUUUUUACAUUUGUUUACUCUAACUGUGAUUCAGCUAUGAUAAUAAAGUCUGCUUUUGGUCCUCAGGUUCUUGAAGAUUUGAAAACAAGUUUUCUUCAAAAAAAGAACUGUGAUGUUAUAAUUUAUGUUGGAGAAGAACCAAACGUUGAAGUUGUUUACGCUCACUCUUUUAUCUUGAGGAUGCGAUCAUCAUAUUUUGAUUCUGCACUUUCCCCAACUUGGGCUGAAAUGAAAGACGGAAAGUUUAUAUUUAAAAAACCAAAUAUUUCUAAAUUAGUCUUGCAAAAAAUUUUAUUAUAUUUAUAUUGUGGAGAAAUUGAUAUAAAUCCUAAUGAUGGAACAUUAGCUUUGGAUUAUUUGAUUGCAGCAGAUGAACUUAAUCUUGAUAUGUCAUUUAUUGAAUACGUUCAAGAACUUUUGAUUAAACAUAUAAUGGAAUUUUUUUCAUCGGACCCUCUCGAAAUUUUACGCACUAUUUUAAAAUAUGAUCAUUUAUUUUAUAAAUUGAAGGAUCAUUAUUUAAACUAUAUUUGUGAUAGGGCUAAAUAUAUCUUUUCUUCUGAAAAGUUUUUAUUAUUGGAAGAAGAGAUGAUUUGUACGAUCCUCGAUCAAGAAAAUUUAAAUAUCGAAGAAAUUUUUAUUUGGGAUAAAAUGAUAGAAUGGGGUAUUGCGAGGAAUCCUUCACUUGCUGAGAAAGAAAUUGCUAAAUGGAUGGAGGAUGAUUUCAUCAUUUUACAGAAAAGUUUGAAAAGAUUAAUCCCUUUAGUUCGUUAUUAUGAUAUUUUUUCAAAAGAUUAUUUUGAUAAAAUAUCACCUUAUGAAAAAAUCUUACCUGAAGAACUUAAUAAUGAUAUUUUUCAAUAUCAUGUUAUUAAAGGGUAUAUACCAAAAUUUACAAAAUAUAAACAAAGGAAUAGAAAUAAGAAUAGAGUUAGAUAUGAUAUUCCAUUGGAUUUAAAAGAAGAUUUGUUUUUUUUAUAAUCUGAUUUUUUUUUAUUUAUUUGUUUUAUAUAUUGAAAAAAAAAUUGUUGUUAUUAACUCAUUUUUAUUGAUUAUUAACUCAUUUGUUGCUAUUUUAGAUAUGUACAUGCAUUGACAUACAUUAUAUGUAUAUAGUUUUAUUUUUAUAUAUAUUUUUUUUUUAACUAUCCAACAUUUUUAACAUAAAUAUUGUAGGAUAUCUUAUUUUUUUUAUUUAAUUUUUGUUUUUUUUUUAUAUUCCAUUUAAAUCCUGAUUACAAGAGUUAAAUUGUAUGAAUGCAAAAAGAAAUCAUUAAAAUGUUUUAAAAAAGAUC